GGUGCCACGGGGAUCAAAAUGAAGAGCAUCUUCCUAUUUUACGUCCUGGUGAUCCUGUGUGUCCAUGAGGGUGCCCCGUCUGUAUCCCCGACCUACGGUGAACGGGGCUCUGAUCUUGGCAUGCAGGUGUUUGAGCAAGUAGUCCGCACCAAGCCCUUGGACAACGUUGUUCUUUCGCCUCAUGGAGUUGCCUCCAUCCUUGGGUUGCUGCUACCUGGAGCCCAUGGAGAAACCAGGAAGCAGAUUAUCAGUUCUCUGCGUUACAAGAAAAAAGGGCCUUAUAAGAUGCUGAGGAAGCUGCACAAGGCCAUCACGUCCAAAUCGAACCUGGACUCUGUGCUGAUCGCCAACGCCAUGUUCAGCCAGAAAGGUUUCCCCAUGGAGGAGACGUUUAUGGCGACCAACAAAGCCAACUUUCAGUGUGAGAGCAGGAGCCUGGACUUCAGCGACCCCAGUGCAGCCUCUGAUCAGAUCAACGCAUGGGUCAAAAAUAAGACCAAAGGUCACAUUCCCAGCCUGGUCAAAGCAGACAUGCUGGAUUCUGCGCUGACCCGCCUGGUUGCUGUGAACUCCAUCUACUUCAAAGGCUUGUGGAAGUCCUGCUUCCAGCCCAAUGACACCAAGAUGAGGCCCUUCAACGGGGGGGAUGGAAACGUGUAUAAAGUUCCAAUGAUGUCCCAGUUGUCAAUCUUUAACAUAGGCAUGGCCACCACUCCUCAGGGGCUGAAAUACCGGGUCAUCGAGCUGCCCUAUCACGGGAACACCAUCAGCAUGCUCAUCGUGGUGCCCUCUGAUGAGAGCACGCCUCUGUCCCAGGUCAUCCCACACAUCAGCACAGCCACGGUGCAGAGCUGGACCAAGCUGAUGCACAUGAGGAAAGUCCACCUGCUUAUUCCCAAGUUUACUGCAGAUGCAGAGGUGGACCUGAAGGAGCCGCUGUCUGCUCUGGGAGUAACAGACAUGUUCAGUGAGGAUGCAGCAGACUUCAGUCACCUCAGUGCUGACCCAGUGUUUGUGUCCAAGGCGCUCCAGAAAGCCAAAGUUAUCGUGAGUGAAGAAGGAACUAAAGCAGCAGCUGCCACCACUGCCAUUGUGUUGGCUCGCUCCUCCCCCCCCUGGGUUAUAGUGGACCGGCCUUUCCUCUUCCUCAUCAGGCAUCACCCAACAGGUACCAUCCUGUUCAUGGGUCAGAUCAACCAGCCCUGA